GGUUCCUACACUUAAAAGCGCUGCGCAUUUUGCACACGGCAAAGCUGGGGCCACAUAAUCGGAUGGCUUCGGUCAUAGCCGACUGGCACGUUUGAAUUUAUCGAAAGAUAAUGUCAUUGAAGGAAAACGGCGAUAAUAUUGAUGUUUAUUUCGGCUGUUGCGUUGUUUAUAUUACCGUUAAAGUUAAAAAUUGACCAUCAUCGUGAAGAAUUAUAUCUUCUGUGUCGAUGGACCAAAGGAUUAUGUGAUAAUAUUGGAAAUGGAAUAAAAUACAUGGUGAUUAUGACGGUAGGGGUGCGGAUUUUUUCCGGCGAACAUUUUUAUCUUGUGUAUUAUUAUAGAUGUUGAAAUAUGAAAUUUUUUCAAAACAGCUUAUAUUAAGUUUUUUUGAUAUAUAUGAUCAGUACAUGUGCUGGGAUUGACAAAUAUGCAUUUUAUUUGGAUUUUAAAGGCGUUUUGAGCUCCAAACCCCAAGUGUCUGUGUAACGCCUGCCAAGCAGCAAAGCUCUACAAUGAAAACAACUGUAACGCCUGCCAAGCAGCAAAGCUCUACAAUGAAAACAACUGUAACGCCUGCCAAGCAGCAAAGCUCUACAAUGAAAACACCUGUAACGCCUGCCAAGCAGCAAAGCUCUACAAUGAAAACAUCAGCAGCACUGAAAUACAGACAUUCUAAAGUCAAACUAGCCUCAAGAUUUCCAUGUCGAACUAGGACGGGAAUGAGUUGUCUGUGUCUGGGAAUACAGACAUGUUUACAUUUUAUAGGAAUUGGUCACGAAGUAAAUAUUGAUGUGGAAAAGCUGCCAGAUCCUAUUCCUCAUGGCAACUCUCAGCCAGUGAAACUUCUGUCUGGCCAACCAACAACUAUAUCCCUUGACCUAGAAACUACUGACCUUAUUCGUGGUGGUAUCAUGCCACAUAUUACACAAAUAGCUGCAGUAAACAUACAGUCUGGUCAGAAGUUCAACUCCUAUGUUAUACCCAGGUUACCAAUUAAAGCAGAAAAUAUUGCUGGGUCAGAGUUGCGGUUGUGCCAUUUAACAAGUAUAUAUAAGCGUGCUGGUGAGGAUGUCUUGAGAGACACUUUCACAGCCAAGAACAGUGAAGGUCAACCAAGAGUCACUGGAGUUAAGUCACUCUUUGAUGCACUUUUGCCAAAACUUACUGGCUUUCUGAGCAAACUCUAAUUAAGUGUAGUGAUUGGUAGUUGAGUGAAAUUCAAAUACUUUUGACAACACUUCGAUAUAUGUAAAGAUACGAUAAAAGUCUAUUAAACGCCACACGUUAUCUGUACUUAAUAAUACCCAAUUCACUUAUUUACUAAAAAUCCUUCAAUAACCAAUCGGGUUAAUUUUAAUUCACUUGUCAGCACUUCUCGUCUAUACAGGCUGCGCCUUUGGGCACAAUCCGUCAAAGAAGUUACAAUGGCGCCCAACUUGCCGGCUCGUGAAAAUAUGUGGCAUUUUAUCAUGUUGAGUGAAAAUAUACACAAUAUUUCAAGAAAAACGAAAAAAAAAACCUUUUAAUUUAAUUUCAUUAUCAAAGAAAAAUGGUUACAAUCCCCCUUGCUUGUUACGCAACUGCAAUUGUACAGCGCGCAGUAAAAUAAUUAUUGUCUUGUUUUGCACACGAUAUUUAGUGCAACAUUGUGACAUCACGUAAACAAAUCUUUAAACGUCUGUACUGCGUUAAUGACUGAAUUAAAGAUAUUGGUAUUCGGAUUUAUUUUCUUAGUUAUCAUUCUAGAUAGUUUUCAAAACAAAAUUCAACAAAAAGUUGUUUUGUAUUUAUCAGAUUUUUUAAACAAAACGGCGGUAGAUAGUUACUUAAAAAAUGAGUUUUGACUCCGCCCACUUUCAUAUUUAUAUUUCAUAUUUAUUUUUAAAAAUAUGAAAUAUAUUUGAUAUAGCACCAUAUUUCACGGGUAAAAUUAAAUAAAGUUUUAUAUACAUAUUUAAAGAAGACUAUGUAGCUUGUUUAUUAUUUCUUCCUUAAAUCUUUAAUACAAUGUAAUAUCAAUUUUUCAGACAAAUUGUAGUUCACUUGCUUUGUACUUGCCAUAAAAAUUAAACAAAGUUUCCAUUAGAUAAUAUUUUGUCAGAAAUGCAUGAGUUUGUGCAUGUUGAUUUAUUUAUAUUCUGCUUUAACAUUCUGAAAGUUUAGAACAGUCAUGAAAAGUAAAAAGUUACAAACAUGUAUUUUGGUGUUGGUUAUGCCUGAAAAAAAAAUUCAAAAUUUCAAUCUUUAACCAAUACAUGUACUUGGUAAAAACUUAGAUAUUGUUCAACAUAUUUUAGAGACUUAAAAAGUGAAAAUUAAAAAUCUUAAAUGAACAUCUUUAUUAUUUCAGUGGUAAUCUAUUUUUACAAACAAAAAAUAUUUUGUUCAUUCAUGUGCAAUUCAAGCUGAUUAAUUUUAAUAUUGUUAAAUUGUU